AUGGCCAACGAGGAGCGCCCUUCGUUUGCCGACGCUAUCAAGGUCGACAAGCUUGAUUCGCACAACUACAAGGUCAAUAUGAAUGCGGCUUUUAGCAUCGGUGCUGUCCCUAAUGGAGGAUAUACUGCGUCGUGCAUGCUGGCCGCUGCGGGCACUCAUCUUGCUCUCAGACAGCAGACAGACACGUUGACGACGCACGUCGAGUACGUAAACCGCACGUCGCCAGGCAUGGCAAUCAUUACCAUCCAGGACGUGAAGCUUGGCAGGCAAGUUUCUACCCUCCACUUGACACUCUGGCAGGGCGAUGGCUUGCUUACCCAGGCACCUUGGGUUACUCCUGGCGUGACUCGCCGUAUCAUGGUGGCCUGUACUACCCAAAUUAAUUUGCGCACCUUUGCCGGCAUCACCCGUCCAACAGGCUAUGAGUCUACCGCCGUUGACUCUAUUCCGACCCAACCAGACCUACAAGCCCUUGAGAAAACUGAUGGCGAUGAGAUUUGGGAGGAAUCCAAAGUACCUAAGCCAUUAACCAAGAUGAUGUCCUCGCUAAACAACUGGCGAUUUUUCGUUCCUCGCAAAGGGCCACUUACACCCGGGGUCAUGGACGUGUGGUCAUGCCUUUCCAGCGGCGAGCUCAUUACGCAAGCUACAAUGCCCUAUGUCGUCGACUCUUUCCCCUACAAUCUACACCUUUUUCCAAUUUCCCCAGAGUUUCGUGCCAUGAUCCCCGGUUGUCGACGAGACAAAGGAGACUGCCGGCCGUCAGGCCGACCUUCAGACAAGGAACAAGGAGCGGGCGGACAUAUGGUUUCCAACGGUGGUGAUGAAUCUGGAAAAGAAGACGGCUUUGCCUGA